UAUCAAAACGUGUACCUCAAGUUUGGAUUGUACUUCCUGCCUAAACUGGAAUUGCUUCCGAAAAAAAAACUGGAAUUGCUUCCGAAGCUUGUCUCGUACGCAUUCAUCUGCGAUCUGGUAUUUGGCGCCCGGAUAUAAUUUUAAACUCUAACUAGUGACUACAUUCCACAAUCUUAUUUCGUAUCUCUCCGUCGUGCGAAGGCGAAAACGGUCCGCGCCAGUUUCGAGCGAGAAUGGAGCAGCAGCUCAGGAACCAGCAAAAAAAUGUGCAAGAACAACAAGAUGAUGUUGAUGACAUUCAACAUGGCCCUUUCCCAGUCGAGCAACUUCAGGAAUCUGGAAUAUCAGCCACCGACAUAAAAAAACUUAAGGAUGCGGGUAUAUUUACCGUGGAAUCGGUUGUGUAUUCUCCUAGAAAGGAUCUUUUGCAAAUCAAAGGAAUCAGUGAAGCUAAAGUGGACAAAAUUAUAGAAGCAGCUUCAAAAUUGGUGCCUUUGGGGUUCACUAGUGCAAGCCAACUCCAUGCACAGAGGCUUGAAAUCAUUCAAAUAACAUCAGGAUCAAAAGAACUUGACAAAGUCUUGGAAGGGGGGAUCGAAACAGGAUCCAUCACUGAAAUUUAUGGCGAGUUCCGUUCUGGGAAGACUCAGCUUUGUCAUACUUUAUGUGUUGCUUGCCAACUUCCAUUAGACCAAGGUGGCGGUGAGGGUAAGGCCAUGUACAUUGAUGCUGAGGGAACUUUCAGACCACAAAGACUCUUGCAAAUUGCAGACAGGUUUGGAUUGAAUGGAGCUGAUGUUCUUGAGAAUGUUGCAUAUGCUAGAGCAUACAAUACUGACCAUCAGUCUAGGCUUUUGAUUGAAGCAGCCUCAAUGAUGGUUGAGACCAGGUUUGCUCUUAUGAUUGUGGAUAGCUCUACAGCACUUUAUAGGACUGAUUUUUCUGGGCGGGGAGAGUUGGCAUCCAGACAAAUGCAUCUGGCGAGGUUCUUAAGAAGCCUUCAGAAAUUAGCAGAUGAGUUUGGGGUUGCAGUUGUGAUUACUAACCAAGUGGUUUCCCAAGUUGACGGUUCUGCCAUGUUUGCCGGACCUCAGGUCAAACCUAUUGGUGGCAACAUAAUGGCACAUGCUUCAACAACAAGGCUGGCUCUUCGGAAGGGAAGGGGAGACGAGCGCAUUUGUAAAGUAGUUAGCUCUCCGUGUUUAGCUGAAGCAGAAGCAAGGUUUCAAAUUUCUGCAGAAGGUGUAACCGAUGUGAAGGACUGACUGACUUUCUUUAUUUCUUUCUUUAGAGGGGUUCUUGCAUCUUGCUACAUUAAACAAUUUUUUUCAAUGGAAGUUGAUUUUACCAUUUCCA